GACCCACGAAUCAACGAACCGAUAGCCAUGUUGUUAUAGUACCUAUCCUAUCUCGCGAAUAAUUUUUUUCUCCGAGAUGUAAUGACUUCUCGGCCAACAAGUAUCGCGCUUUUUAUACUCGCUGCAAAGUACACGGUAUGGGGUUACUUCGCUUGGCGAAUAAUUCACAGCUCGUUGUACCGCUCAGAACCUGAAAAGUCGACAUCCAUCGCUGCUUCCAGAUUAUCGAAUGGUGUAGUCUGCUACAGAGAACAAAAUGGGCAUUGAACAUUUGGCCUAAGGUUGAAAAAACACUCGACACCACGAUAAGUCGGGACCUUUGCUUAGCCUCAUCACAGAGAGUUCAUUUCUCCAGAAUUAUGACACUAUCGGGAGUCAUAUAAUCCAAUUCCACCUACGUAUUCAAUGGGAAACUGUUAUGCCUAAAAUUUGUAUAGAGUCUUUCAUUGUGUAAGAAAACAAUGUAUGGUAACGUAGAAUUGGAAACCGUGUCUGAGGUACACUUUCGACGAUUACUCGGCACUACGAUAGAUCCAAACAUUAGUUUGGCUAUGGGAGAGGAAGAUUACUUUUGUAAAUUGAUUUUAUAUAAGGAAAUUGCAGAUUCCAGAGUGAGAAUAUGGGACGUUGUAAUACUCAUUCCAAAUUUGAUAUUUCUCAUAUUCAUCGCUGCAAGAUUUAAUAGAGCUAGGCUUAAGUUGCGUGCAACUAGCAGUCCAAUAUACUUAGCAUUUUAUGGUCUUGUUGUAAGUAAUAUCCUAAUCUCAGUAAUACGCUGUGUCGUAUCAAUGACUGUUAACGCAGCAGCAACUGUAGGUGGUUUAGCAGAUAAGAUUCUAUGGGUUACGGUCAGAUUCUUCCUACUAUCUACAGAAAUGAGUGUGGUUAUAUUCGGCUUAGCUUUCGGACACUUAGACAGUCGCUCUAGUAUUCGGAGAGUUUUGCUGGCUACAUCUUUUAUAGCACUAGCAUUCACGAUAACUCAAGGUACACUGGAAUUGGUUUUACCUGAUGACACAUUUGAAAUACCGAGCAGAAAAUUUUAUCUUUUCGGUCAUGGAGGAAUGAUGUUCUGGUUCUGCAGCAGUCUUGUGUUCACAACGAUAUACUUUCUUAUAUUAAUACUGCCACGAACAAGAUUGCGGGAUAGACUUGCUUUGCCUACUAAAAGAAGUUUUUACGUCUACGCGGGUAUCUUGGCUUUUGUCGAUUUACUACAAUCGAUAGGAGCAGGUCUGUUGAACUAUAUGCAGGCUCCUGAAGGGCUUUGUAUAGUUGACAUCACUGCUGCGCUGUACUUGACUCUAUUCACACCAUUGGUCUACCACACAUUCUUGUCAGAAUUGUUUGGCGUCUCCCAGCCAACUCUAAUGUUCUCGUACAAGGCACAAGUUGAUGAUGCUAUGGACGAAGAUACGGUUUCAUUACCUCAUCAACAGAGUUUUUCUUCAUUGAAAACUGACAGCGACUACAUAUAUCAGAACAACAGUGUUUAUGAUUCAACUCAAUUUGACACUGGUGCUACCCCGGUGAAUCCGUUGUACGCUGCUUCCUUGCAAAGUCCAGACAGCAUAACGGGGUACAGUAUAGAUAGUCAAGAUGCUCACACCCAUAACAACGGCUAUCAACAAUAAAAGUACGUUUUAAUAUGUAAGGAGCGUAAGAAUUGCUGAUAAAGUCUUUACCUUGAGACUAUAAUUUUGACGUAUCAGAGUGAUGAGUUGGAAUUAUAGACAGAAAUAAUCUUUCAUGUCAUAGUGUAUAAUUGUAGGACAAAUUUGUACCAUAUUUUGUUUGGAUGAACAAACAAAUUUCCUACGAUAUUUAUACUUUUGCUGUUAUUGAUAACAAAAAUUGUAUUUUUUGUCUAAGCUGUGGAAGAAACCUCGGCGUGUUUUUGUUUUCUAUUUUUAACUAAACUUAAAUUUUUUGUAACACUUAGCAGUGAUUUGCUGCUAUCGUUGCUGGGACAAAAGAACAAAGUGUCGAGUUACUACCUUGGUCGAAUUAAGUGCGGAUAAUUUUACCCUCUAUCUGCUUCUAUAUUCUUGAACUAACAAUAAGGAUGCACAAAUAACAUUCUGCCAAAGUGCAUUGGUAAGCUGCUGUUUCUUAUUUGAACUACCGAGUACUUGUGGUUGAAGUAUGAAAGAUUCGCACAAGAUUCUCACAUUCAAAAAUUACGUGCAUCGUACUUCAAGUCUAUCCAUGAUUCUUUGAUAUUAAAUUGUUAGCUAUAAACCAAUGCUUUAUGAGUAUUAAUUGUUCUGAGAUUUUUUUCCCUCUGCAAGGAAUCUAGUCGUUAGUCAAGUGACUGAAGUAAUGCAUAACUGGAUCUUUUACUGUAUAGAACUUACAGAAUGUACUAGAGUGUAAAUAUGGAAAAAGAUUUUGAUUUCUGAUUAAACAGUAGAAUAUGAAUUUCGAUUUGAAUUGAUUGUUCAGUGAUAGUACACUUCAAAUACAUAUUUGUAUAUAUAUAUGUACACAGUUUAUUUGGUAACGUUGAUGAUAUAUAAGUAUAAUAUCUUUCUAAGAAUACUUUAUUCUGCAACCAUUGCUUUGUUUAGAAUUUAUGAGUUGACGUUUACUGGGGUGAACAAAUGUAAGUUUUAGUUUAAGAUGCUAUUAAUAUUUCUAUUUUAGGUAUUACAAUGGUUCUCAGGCAACUUCAAACAAUUGUAUAAGGUGAAUGCACCGGUUAUCGUCACUGAAUCAGUAACUGGUAGACAUGCGUUAGGAUAUAUCUACAAGUAAGUCGUCUGCCCAUGUAUUUGAAGAGCACUGUUGAUUACUAGUUCGGUAACAGGUAUUAGUGCGUUACCCCUGAUAAGUGAUUAUAUUGACUGUGGAAAUAGCACUAGACUAUGUACUCGAUAUAGUUAUCGGCAGGUUAUAUUCAUCUUCAAUCGUGCUUUCAAUUUGUUUUCAAAUUAUGCGGUUCUGCUCUAGCUCUAACUUCGGGGAACUAUAGGAUUGAGGAAUUAUUUCGGUGUUUCAUUGUUAAAUCCUUACAGACAAAAAUUAUCGAUCGUGUAAAAAUACAAUCGUUAACUAUUGAAAAGUGUUCAAAAACUGUUCAAAUGCUGUUUUAGAAUAGUUAUUUCUCGGUUUUACACAUUUUAUGUAAAUCUAAGUUUGGAUUAAGUUGGAGAUUCACGAAUCAGGAGUGCAAGUUGUGAAUGCAAAAAGCAACGAAUAAAAAACGAUUAUAUAGAUGAAUACAUUUUUAUUGAAGAUCUUACUGGUCAGAUCUGAUUAAAUGCGAAUGAUUCUAUCAUGUUAUAAUAAAGCUCAAUUGCAAUUGUAGCAUGAUUUUGAGUGAAAGAGAUAUUACUUGAGAUUAUGGGUAUACGAAAGUAUACCACAUAUAUAUACACCAAAUACAUGUAUGUAUGAAAGUGGUUGAAAUUUCACCUUUUUAUGUUAGAAAAUGAUAGAGUUAAGAAAUAUUUAGUUAGAAUAUUCAUUAUAAAAACUAAUCAGAUAUGUACAUGAAAUAGACAUCACACGUAAUUGCCAAACCGUGGGGUGAAGUACUAAAAGAUAAUGAAAAUACAAACAUAUAACAUAAGGCAUAAGAAUAAUGACUUUUCUUAAAUACAAUCCAAUUUUCAAAUAUCAUCGAAUUCGGAAUUAUACUUGAAUGUAUACAUGGUAUGAACAAUUAAUACAUGACGCAUGUACUAAUAGUCAAUACAAAUUAUGAUACCUAUUGCAUACAACGGAUGUGUAAGAAUACCGUGAAAUUCUAAAGGCUAAUCCUGAAGUCAGUAAUCUACGAACUGUUGCAAAAUGGUGUGGGAAUCGAAAUAUAGUAAUAUACGACGUUUUAUUACCGAUUAAUUACCCAGCCCAUCCAAAAAUUUUAUGUCCGUGAACUAGUGAAUAAGACAGUCCUAUCAUUAGCUUAGAAACCAUAUUAUAUUACUCAGAAUAUAUGUAAGAAUUUAGAUUCAGAAACUACCACCAGGAUUGUAAUACACAUAAGUCACACGGCGAUAUUCCUUGUUUUCAGUCUCACCGGAUCAAAUUCAUUAGCGUGGUUUACUGAUUUCUUCAAAAACAAGUUAUAUGUAAAGGUCAAAACAUCGCAACAUGAUGAAAAUUUAUUUGCAAUAGGUUCAUCCUCGUUGAGUUCCAAAAGUUUAAUAUAUGUUUUUACAAUUAUUAAAUGCUUCGUAACUUGUAACAAUGUGAGAAAUCCCAGCUAAUCGUAAGAUAAAUUGUGCAGGUUGGGAUAUCACAGCGCGAGGUCUCGAGGUUUUCAAUGAUCGUGUUAUUUUGCAUUUUUAAAUGUGUACAAUGUAAUGAUAGAAAUGUUAAAUGAAUUCUAAAACUCGAUAUCUUCUAUGCAUGCUAUUUUCCUACUUUUGCAAUCAACCCGAUUAUUAAUUGUAAUCUGAUUGAAUAGUGAGAUAUGAAAAUAAUUGAAGGUGUAUAAUUCAACCAUAAAUCACAAACGUGAUUAUAUUUGAGUGAUCUUCGGUGUACUGUGAACUAUACUAAAAGAAUCCAUCCAUUCUGUACAUAUAAUAUAUAAUAUGAUGUAUACUUUACUGUGAAUUCGUAACCUUCAUGAUAUACCCUCAUAUUUCAACACAUGAAACUCAGAUAUGUAAGUUGAGUAUUCAUUGAUUAUAAGUUGCCCUUCUAU